UCCAAAGUUCCAAACUACCAAACCAGCCCAACUAUUCUCUGAUUCCCAACAGUGUCUUCAACUAUGGUAAACUGAACUAGCUCACAUCCCAUGAUCUCAAUCCUUAGAAGACUAACAACUUCAAUCCCACCACUAAUGGACCCACCCAACUCCUCCCAGCGGCUUCUGCCCCUCACUCAACAGCUCCGCCUCUACAAGCCGCCUCCUUCGUCUUGGGACGACGACUCCGAGGUGGGCUUGACUGAGUCUGAAACCCCAAUUGCAAAAGACCCAGAAACGUUCAGGCCCAAGAGAGCUGCUGUUUUGAUCUGUUUGUUUCAAGGAGACGGUGGUGAUCUACGUGUUCUUCUGACCAAGAGAUCGUCGGCGUUGUCAAGUCAUUCUGGUGAAGUUUCUUUACCAGGUGGGAAGACAGAGGAGGGGGACAAGGAUGAUGCUGACACAGCAACAAGGGAAGCGAAAGAGGAGAUUGGUUUGGAUCCUGAGCUUGUUGAUGUUGUUACUGUUCUUGAACCAUUUUUGUCUAAGCACCUACUGAGAGUUGUACCUGUUAUUGGUAUACUUAAAGAUAAGGAAGCAUUCAAUCCUGCUCCAAAUCCAGCCGAAGUGGAAGCAGUAUUUGAUGCUCCCUUGGAGAUGUUCAUCAAGGAUGAGAACCGGAGGGCAGAGGAGAGAGAGUGGAUGGGUAACAAAUACCUGAUUCAUUUCUUUGACUACGAAACCAACAACAAGAAGUACAUGAUAUGGGGCUUAACUGCUGGUAUCUUGAUUAGGGCUGCAUCAAUUGUGUACCAAAGGCUUCCACCAUUUGUGGAGCAGAAUCCCAGUCAUAAGAUUCUUAGAUGUGUUGACAAGAGUACCAUACUUCCAUAA